CUUUGGCAAUUAUUAUAAAAGCGUAAACGUAAACAUAAAACAUUAAACAAUCUCUUCUCUAAUUAGGCCUACCUAAUAUUUUAAAUUAUUAUCGAAUCAUAUCAACAUGGGAAAAGGUGGAAUACCUGACAGGUGGCUACCAUAUUCUCCGAUGGGCAGCGUAGUUCCUGGAACACGUUUCAUCGCAUGUAAAGUUCCACUUAAUGAUGGGUUGUUGAAGAGGCUGCCUCCAAAUGAAAGAUUUGGUCCCAGGAACCUGAUUGAGGCUUGUCCCAAGAUAGGUCUUCUAAUCGACCUCACCAACACAACUCGCUACUACUUCACACAGGAAUUCACCGACGAGCGAAUUCAGUAUGAAAAGAUAUACUGUCCAGGACAAGUGGUCCCACCGAACUCGAUAGUCAAAAAGUUUUAUCAAGUUGUCGAUGACUACCUCGCUUCAGAAGAAGACCCAGAUGCUGUGAUUGUAGUUCAUUGUACCCAUGGAGUUAACCGGACAGGUUAUUUUAUUUGUCGGUAUAUGAUUGAGAGGUUGAACAUGUCACCAGAAGAAGCUAUUAAAAAUUUUCAAAAGGCUCGAGGACAUGGCAUCGAGAGAGAUACGUACGUGAAUGAUCUAAGAAAUGGCUGCAAAGGUGGGAACGAAUCUGAUCUCCGUUUUGUGCCAUACUCAGCUCAAGGUAGGAACCAAAGAAGAACAGAUACACACCAUACAAACAACUAUAGAAGACGAGGUUUUGAUACAAACAGUACUAGUAACGAAUGGAAAAGAAGAAGAUUUGAAAAUAAACAUAACUAUAAUGAUGAUUCAAAUAGAGGAUUUGAAAGUCAGAAUAGCAGAUCAAGGUACUUUCCUGGCAAUGACAGACAGAGGCGCCCAGAGGAAGAUAGUAGAUACAUGCACAACUGGCGACAUAGAGAUAACCACCCUUCUGACUCUUCUACUACACCACUUCCACAGUUCACCCCUCAUCAGCAGCCACAUCAGCCUCACAUAGAACCUCCCUCUUACAUUCGUACAGGUGAUAGCAGCAGAGGUUUCAAUCCCCAGCCCAAAUUUUCCUUUUCCUCUCAACACGGUGAAGCUAGAGACUUUCAGAGUCGUACAGGAGAUAGCAAUAGAAGUUUUAAUCCCAUGCCGAAGUUUUCAUCUUCGUCCGAACCCAGUGAAGCUAGAGACUACCAAAGUCGUACAGGUGAUAGCAAUAGAAGUUUUAAUCCCAUGCCGAAGUUUUCAUCUUCGUCCGAACCCAGUGAAGCUAGAGACUAUCAAAGUCGUACAGGCGAUAGCAGCAGAAGUUUUAAUCCCAUGCCGAAGUUUUCAUCUUCAUCCAAACCCAGUGAUGCUAGAGACUUUCAGAGUCGUACAGGCGAUAGCAGCAGAAGUUUUAAUCCCAUGCCGAGAUUUUCAUCUUCGUCAAAACCCAGUGAAGCUAGCGACUUUCAGACCCAAACACAGACUUCAUCGAGAUUAGCAGAUGCUGGUGUGUAUCAAGACAAUGUGAAUGAAUCUAAUGUUAGACAUACAAUGUCCAACCAAGAACGUGGUCGUGGUCGUGGUCGCGGUCAUGGUCAUGGUCGUAGUCGUAGCCGAUGGUACAAACCCCGCAGAGAUCAAAACUCUAGUUGAUAUCUUGUACUGUACAUAACAGAUACAAUAAGUGCAACUAAUGUAAAUAAAAGCAUUGACUAUUA